UUACAGUACUGAACGCUCCCACUCGCCGUGUUGGGCCCCAACUAACUGCUACAAACCCUGAGCCUGGAGAGUCGCAAUUAGCACGUCGCUUGCUCAGGAUUGUGAUAACGAGGCUUGGUGAUGAUGAUGAUGAUGAUGAUGAUGAUGAUAAAUACGCGGUAUUUUCUACUACGCCGGCUCAGUUAGCCGAACCUCGAACUCAAUAUUUACAACAGUUAUUAUUAUAUUUGCCGCCCAAGAGCAUUCAACAAUAAUGACCUCACACCCUUGCGCUAUCUACUUCGUCACAGUGAAAUCGAAUAAGGAUCGCGGCAAUUGAGACCAAUGGACGAGUCAACAGCUUCCAGCAUGACAAUACUAGUCCCUCUCCUCUGCCCUGUGUGGACUUCUGCUCCCAUCCAGCACCCGCUUUUUGCUCUGUUUAACAAGUGAUUUGGGGAACGGGACGCAAAUCCUACUAUGUUAGUCCCACUUAAUAAUGACCAGGUGCCCCAUAAAGCAUUUGGAAUCUUGCUGUCAUUUACUCCGUACUGCGACGGACUAUUCGCGCGUUCAAAGAUCGUUGACUCGCAACCUGGAAAUACUGGCAAAUCCUGCACCUAUCUAUCCCACGGAAAACCUACAAUAAUAAGAAUAAUUAUACUCCGUAUUUGUUCAAAAGACAACGCUCACGCUGCCCGGAAGCAGUAUAUACGGUGGCGCGGGGGCGGGACUAAGCUACGCGCAAUGGCUUGCCCUAUGGCCCCUAACUACCAGUUUCAAACUACGGACUAGCAUGUUUUAACAUUUGCCUGGACCCUGCAAAAACAAAGUGAAGCAGUUUUACAUUUUGCUCCGCGGAUGAGAACUAGAACUUUAAACAUUUUUCUUUUAGCUGGGCCUGGUCCGUCCGUGAACUCUGGAACUAUUCUACGGAAGGGAAUCCAUUAUUGGCGGUAGCAUCACCGAGUGACACAACGCGGAUCAACCACUGGCCCCCUGCUGGGUCCUUACUCUGGGGAUGGGCCCUGGUUAUCAUACUCCGUACUCCGUUACAUGAAUGAGGAUUCGUCCCGGCGCACCCGCUGUCAUCCUUCGGAACUGAUGCGGGUCGCUACCGAGUGCUACUGGGUGCAACUGGGAUGUUUGUGAUGUGGCGUAUUCUGGAUUGCCCAAGUUCAAUUGUUCUUGUCUACUUCGAGAUCAUCUUUACCUCUCUAGGUCCCUGCUAACUCGCCAUAUGACGUAGCAGUGUCACUCUCCGUACACUAUUCGUUGGUUCAAGAUGCCGGACAUCCAGCUCCCAAGCGAUAUCUUCUUUAUUAAUAUACGGAAAGCUCCACUCUCUGCUUAUUUUGACUUCCGUUGGAAGUUUUCAACAUUUUUCGUUAUUUUCCCCCAAGGGGCAACUUCCCGGCAUCCCCCGAUCUAGGGACAACUUGGAGUCUACUCCGGUGGUGGUAUGAUCAUGAACCACCUGUCAUUAUACCAAUGGGAGUGUACCAAUUGCAAAAUCUACCUUGUUUUAUCCUGUUUGACGUUUUUGUCGGUCCAAUCCUUGGAGCAGACAUGGUCCAGAUUUUACCUAUAAAUACGUCGGGGAACUGUGGCCAUGGAUGAGUAUCAGGCCAAUUCCUUUGCAUCUCCGCAUUCGCAAGCAGAGAAUCAUUUCCUAGGUUUCGAAUUGAUCAUUUUGUGGGACUUCGAAAUAUCUUGAAGGCUCUCCAGAGUUUCCUCGUCCCGUCGACAAAGACAUCAUGAUGGAGUCGCAGUUUGCUAGGAUAGCUUGGUCCCGUUCAGUGGAGAGAGCAUCAUCCAAAUCAGUCAUGACCCCGGGAUCUCGAUCGUUGAGAGGGCUAUGCAUAUCCUGCAGAUCCAGACCACUUAAUUCUACUCGAUUAUCCAUUGUCGCGCGAACCCAACGUUCCAACAUGUCUACGGAGGCCACUCCUCCAAAAUUCCCCUUCUCUCGCCCAUCUGGAGCUAUUCCCCCACUGGAAUAUGCGAAGCUGAGAGCCACGAACCCCAUUUCUAGAGUUACUCUUUGGGAUAACAGUCAACCAUGGCUUGUAGUCAAGUACAAGGAUAUCUGCAGCGUUCUUACGGACCAGCGCCUGUCAAAGGAACGAACACGCGCUGGGUUCCCAGAAAUGAAUGCUGGAGGGAAAGAGGCUGCUAAAAACCGCCCAACAUUUGUAGAUAUGGACCCUCCAGACCACGGGCGUCAGAGGAGCAUGGUUGCUUCACUUUUCACCAGGGAGCAUGCUGAGACGAUUCGGCCACAUAUCCAAGCCACGGCUGACACUCUUCUCGAUGAAAUGAUAAAGAAGGGUUGUGAGAAGCCUGUAGAUUUGGUCCCAAAUUUUGCUCUACCGCUACCAUCAUACAUAAUAUAUGGGAUGCUGGGUGUGCCGAAAGAAGAUCUCGAAUAUCUCACCCAAUGUAACGCCGUCCGUAGCAAUGGAAGUUCCACCGCUGCAGCUGCAUCUAAUGCUAAUAAAGAGCUUCUGGACUACAUCGGCAACUUGACUGAUAAACGGCUUGAAAACCCAGGACAGGACAUGAUUAGCAAGCUUGUCGUGGAACAGCUCAAACCUGGCCACAUUGACCGAUUGGAUGCCAUACAAAUCGCCUUUUUGAUGCUUGUUGCCGGAAAUGCCACUCUGGUGAACAUGAUAUCGCUUGGCGUCGUCACUCUUCUCCAACAUCCCGAGCAAUUGGCAGACCUCAAAGCCAAUCCAUCUCUCGCGCCCAAAUUUGUUGAAGAACUCUGCCGCUUCCACACGGCAUCAGCGAUGGCCACGAGGCGGGUUGCGAAGGAGGACAUCAUGCUUGGCGGUCAUCUCAUCAAAGCAGGCGAGGGAAUAAUUGCUGCCACCCAAUCCGGCAACCGAGAUGAAGAUGUCUUCCCAGACCCAGAUGUCUUCAAUAUGCACCGCCAGCGCGGUUCUGAGCUAGCUCUAGGUUACGGAUACGGUGAACAUGUGUGUGUCGCUGAGGGACUGGCUCGAACUGAGCUUGAAGUUGUUUUCUCAACGCUAUUCCAACGACUACCAAACUUGAAGCUUGGGAUCCCACUAUCUGAGGUCAAGUAUUCUCCACCAGAUGGUGAUGUUGGCAUCACGGAGCUGCCUGUGGUUUGGUAAAGAGGUUUUACGUUACUAACCGCUUACUUCCUUCAACUCCCUCCCAACUCAGGGUUCCCAAACUCCACUCUUUUCUACAUCAUUAUUUAGAUAAAAAGGAAAACUUUCCAAAAUUUCCCUAAAAAAGGCGGGUUAUUAGAGCCGAAGCAAUAAUAGAAUUGCUCUAGAUUAGACAUUUUAAUGGACAUCCUUUAUUUAUUUACUACUUUUGCUAAACAAAUUCGAUCGACAUAUUGAGCGGCUCAAACUUAAACCAGCUAACUAGCUGUCUGGAGGACUACUGUUCCUCGACGCGAAGGAUCAUUGAACAAUACGACUCGACGCUGGUCGGGCGACAAUGCAAUACGAAUCAAAUCACCACCAUUUUGACAAAAAUUCUUCCAGAGAUUCAAUUUUUUCAUCUGGAAAAACGGUCUUGAUAUCUACCCCCUGCGUAGUUUUGUCGUCCCACCAAAAGUCUCCCUCGAGGAUACAAACGGGUGUGGUCCAAAUGAAUGUUCCCAUCAUAUCAUUCGCUUUCUCUGCCUCCUUUAUUCUGCUUUCCAUAUCUGCGAUUGAUAUGCGCUCGAUUUCGAAUGGUUUUCCUAAUUCGAUUUUCGUGAAUAUACGAUAUAUAAAAGCUUCUCUUUAAAAGGGUGGUAGUGGGCCCAAGGAUUCAGGAUUCUCAAAUUCAAACCUGUCAUACAUACCUCUGACCUUCUCACAAAUCCCAAUAAGCUCCUUGCAAGUAAGAUUCUCCCCGGACAUCAUAAACUGAUCUGGCCACUCCUCCAGCUCCAAAGCCUUCGCCACGAACUUCCCAACAUCAUCAACCUCGGUAAACCGCAUCCUCUUCUCCUCCAUCCCAUCCACAAGUUGCGCGCGACAAUUCUUCAGAUCAACCACCAUAUCAAACCCAAUCGGCUCGAGCGAUUCACUGCUCAUAUGCCUCUUCCCAUCCUCAGUCAUCGGCGAGUAAUAAUCAUAGAAGAUCCCCGGCGUGAAUAGCGUGCACUGGAUCUUCUCCCGAACCGCUGGCGAGGCAAGGUGGGAUAAUACUUUCCGCUUCGCAGCCAAAUAAGGGUAGCGGUCUUUGCGGGUGUGUGGAUCGAGUUCGAACUCUGAAGGCACGAACCGGCGAAUGCCUGCUGCAAUGCAUGCGUCGACUAAUCUAAUCUGGCCCUCCGCGAAUGAUUUGUCGUCGAAGCUUGCUGCGGUUGAUAUACAUGUAUCGAUACCGCGGAGCGCCUCCGUCAGUGAGGACUUGUCACUGUAGUCGACUUUACGCCAUGUGAUGCGCGGGUCAUUAGAGCGCUGAAACGUCAACUCGUUAGCGACAAUGAUAUUGUAGCAGCUACUGUAGAGCACUGAGGACAUGGAAGAACAUGGCUAUAUGGGGUCUUGCAAAAUAGAGAGAAUAUGCAUUUCUCAUUUGGAAAAAUUACUGACGGGCUCUCCUCUUGUCAAGACGGUCACAGAAUGUUUCCCUGUUGCGAGAAUUCCGCGCAGAAUAUGGUGCCCGAGAGCACCGACACCCGCGAUGGCUACUUGCAUCGUGGAGUUUGGCUUGUCACGCUACUCUGCUUUCUUACGAUGGUUUGGAAAUGAGUAUUCUUCUUGCGGGUUUCUGAAUGGCGGCUCGGCUCAUCUAUCAGGAGUUGAGGCCUGCUUCAUCAAUGGGGUUUUCAGGAUGACUCAUUUGCAUGCGGAAUACGAGGGGAUUUCUCGAACUAAAAAAAGAAAAAAGAAAGAAAAUUGAGGAUUGUCGCCCAGAUCGCGCACGAGUGUUCCGUACGUACCGCGGAGUAUAAGAUGAAAUUGGUCAAUGAGGAUAUCUACGAUCACGCAAGAAAUCAAUUUCCUCGAGGCUUGAGUUCAAAGUGUACAGCUACAAAGAAAAAAAGGAUGCAAUGCAGCAGGUUAGAGAUAUACCGUGCUGAAAGAAAGGACGCCAUAUUACAACUAAUAACUCGAAAACCGGAAGACAAGCUCCAGUAAGCUCUCCAGAUUUGUCAUGACUUGUCAUUUUUUAGAAUGACCACUUGAUGCCCAACGGCUCUUUGCCCGGAGCUGUGCUCCAUAUCUAUAAAACAAAUACCUAGCUAGAUGUUAGGACGAUGUAGGAUCCAACACAAGGGAGAUCCCUAACUGUUACUCACGGGAAUGGCAUCAUCGCAACAGUGAAAAACCCAAGAAGCGAUGUUGCCCAUUGAUAUCCCAGCUUUUCGUAUACUAUUUUUUUUUUUUUUUUUUUGGCGUGCAGAAGUUAGCCGCGCCGCGGGGCAAACGACUGGUUGUCGAAACUAUUGGAACUUACAUCGAACACCAAAUAUAGGAAAGGCGGCUGCAAAGAUGCUUCUUAAGAUCAAGUUCGCACCCAUAGCACUUGCCGAAUAUAGUGGAUAUGCAUGUACAAGAAAGCGCUGAAGAAGCCACUGCCGAUAAUUGGGACAAUCCAGUGAAUGGAUUUAUAUGUCGUCCAGCCGAACCAGAACAUACCAAGAGGAAGCAAAAUCGAAGACGCAAUUGCAGGGGGUAGUCUGUAUUCUGGCUCACUCUCCCCUGGCUCUCCUCCGUUCGCCUCCCUUUGACGCACAAGUCGCCGAUAGUUCCAGUUCCAUAAUGGAUGCGUAGCAAAGGAAGUUAUGGUUCCGAAAAGUAAACCGAGAAACGAUAGGCCAACUUGAUAUAGUUCGAAAUCGUAAUUAUGGGUAAAAACAGCAUAGAAAGCACCAAGGAAGAGGUAGAGAAUUCCAAGGGCUACGGAUGUAUAAACACAAAGACAUGUUAUCAUUGGCUCGAGGAAUAGCAAUUGCAGCGGCCGCGCAAACGACCACAUCACCUCCGUUGCGAUUGAUUUAUCAGUCUUUUCGAUCCAGGCAUAAUAAGCUCGACCAGUCUCCCUGCGUAAUCUCUGUGCCUUGUGGCGUAACAGAACGGGAUGGUAUGUUUCAGGCAUAAGAAAGACCAUGCAAAUCAGCAGGGAAGCGCUCCAGAUUAUGACGACGUAGAAUGACCAUCUCCUUCGCAUCGUAAUCAAGUAAUAUAGCGAGUUAGCCUUGUGCUGCCUUCGUCCGGUUGAUAUCACAAUUGAGUUCACAUACCAGGAGGUGUAUUGGUUAAUAAAUCCUCCAACUAGCGGCCCAAUGAUGGGGCCCAUGAAUGGAAUAGCAGUAUAAACCAUCAUUGGUCGCUGCAAAUCAUCCUGAGAGAAAAGAUCUCCGAUCGACCCUCCAGCAACUGACAUAAAUGCACUGCUCGAGAAUCCACUAAAGAAGCGCGAUAUAAGCAUUGUUUGGAUGUUUUGGGCAGCCGCGCACGGGAUUAGCCAUAGAAUGAAAAGUACCAUGGCGACUAGGUAUACGGGACGGCGGCCAUAAAACUACAACUCGUUAGUGUGAUUGUGACUAGAUACUUUGUCCGUGAAAAAUGAUUAGGUUAUGAACCGAGGGACUUACUUCGGAUAAAGGAGCAAGAAACAGAGGGCCAACUCCAAGGCCCAAUAUGAAGAGAGACAGGCCAAGAGUUGCAACGAGCGUUGAGCAGUUGAAUUCCACUGUGAUCUGAUCAUAUGUCAUCGUGUAUAGCGCGGAGGUGAAAAUCCUAUGCUUCGUUAAAUUCAAGGUCAUUUCGUAAUAUUUCCUUCCAUAUAUAUGAUUGUUUGCUUACGUGCACAAGGAACAGAGAGUUAUGAUGGUAACCAUAGACCAUCGCAGGAUCAGAGAAAAAUUUCGCGGGUCCGCUGGAUCAUCUGGGCCGUCCCAGCGGACCUCAAGAUCCUCAUCCUCUCCAUUUUCAGGGCUGGGAGUGGUUGGUAAAACAAGAACUUCCCAUGUAUCCUCUUCGCCCAGCAUUUGCGUCCGGCCAUUGUGUUGAUAUUGUGUAUUGGCGUGGGUUGAAUUCCUCUUCGAAUAGCACGCGCUGCCCCGACUAUUCGCACUCAUAAUCACAACCCCAUCACUUAGAGGUCUACGAGGCCGUUCUCCGCUGGUCAGCAUAUCAAUGCGGGAGAAGAAGAAAGGACUCA